AUCCCCGUUUGUGUCUCAUUAGGGUUUUCUCUUACCUUCAUCUCCCUAACUUCCCUUCUCUUCUGGGCCUAACUACCACUUUCUCCUAUGGAACCUUCAUUUAUGCCCUUCCUGUUCAUACCCUUUUCUUAUUUUUUGUUCUCCCUCGGAGUUUUCUGAAAAAUUCUGUCUUGGUUUGUGUUGGUCUGUUAAAGAUCAUAUUUUUAAUUUUUUGUAUGCGGUUCCUGAAUUUUAUAUCUUUUUGGGGUUAAAUUUGGAGUUUUGAAUUGAUCUGUGGGUGAGUAUUGGUUAGAUAUAAUUUUAGAUUAGUAGCUGAAAGAUCAGUUUUUGUGGGUGCUGUGACUUUUUGGUUUAAAUUUGCUUGUUGUGUGUUGGUUUUUUGAGAAAUUGGUGUGGGAAAUGGAGGAUCAAGAGAUAGUUGGUCUGGAAUCUUGUGUGGAUGCAGCGAGGGAAGUGAGAUUUGAGGAAGAUGAAGAGGAAUUCAGGAGCUGUUGUGAGGAUGAUGAGGUGUGGAAGGAGGGUGGAGAACUGGUGGUGGCGGUGAAGGAAGAAGAGGUAAAGGAAGAACUUGAUGAAUUUUCAGUGAAGAUGUUCUUCAAGGGCAUAUCAAUAGCUGAGGCUGGAGAGUCCAAUUCUGGCUUCACUGGAAUUGGUGUUGUGAUGGAGAGAUCAAUUAAUCUUCCAGUUUUUCAGGUGCAGAAAAAGCUUGAUUUCUAUGUGGAGGAAUCUGUUGCUGAUUAUUUAGCUCUAAUGGAUGGUCUGGCUGAGGUUAUGCUGAAUAAAAUCUGCAGUGUGUAUGCUUUUACCGAUUCCGAGUUGUUGUAUGAGCAGAUUACGAAUGAGGAGAGACUUGACAUUCCGCUUCUUAUGGCGCUGAGGCAAAGAAUCCUAGAACAUACAAACAAUCUGGAAACUUUUGUUUUAAAACUUGUUCCAAGUGUCGACCUUGAGAGGCCAUUGCGACUGGCCCAAAUAGCAAUCGGGGUUGUCUCUUCUCCUUCCAAAGGAGACAAAUCGGUUGAAAAUUGUUCUAUCUGCUGUGAGGACAAGCCGUCUCUGAUGAUGAUCACAAUGAAAUGUUCCCACAAGUUCUGUUCACAUUGUAUGAGGACCUAUGUCGAUGGGAAAGUGCAGUUGUCUCAGUUACCAAUAAGAUGUCCCCAGUUGAAAUGCAAAUAUUGCAUCUCAACUUCUGAGUGCAAAUCAUUUCUUCCAUUUAUUUCUUAUGAAUCAUUGGAGAGAGCUCUUACUGAAGCAAAUGUUCUCCACUCGGAUAGAAUAUACUGCCCUUUUCCAAAUUGUUCUGUUCUGCUUGAUCCUCAGGAAUGUUUGUCAGCUAGGGCAAGUUCAUCAAGUCAAUCCGAUAAUAGCUGUGUUGAAUGCCCAGUUUGUCAAAGAUUUAUUUGUGUGGAUUGUGGGGUUCCCUGGCAUUCUUCAAUGAACUGUGAAGAGUACCAGAAUCUUCCCUUGGAGGAGAGAGAUGCGUCAGACAUUACCUUGCAUCGUUUAGCGCAAAAUAAAAGAUGGAGGCGUUGCCAGCAGUGCCGGAGGAUGAUUGAGCUCACCCAAGGUUGCUAUCACAUGACCUGCUGGUGUGGACACGAAUUUUGUUAUUCGUGCGGUGCUGAAUAUAGGGACAGCCAGCAGACUUGCCAAUGCGCCUUUUGGGAUGAAGACAUUUCAGACGACUUAGUCUCCCAAUCUGCCCAGGAAUCUGAUCAAUGGGCAUGGGAAACUUUCAACUCUCUCCCCAUGAUCAUGGAUGCAUACUCUGAUCAAGAGAGAUCUCAGCUGGCCCUCAUCCAAAGAUUUCUUGCUGGAGGUUUCAGCCUGAGCGAUCACCAUCCAUACCAAUCUCCGCCGCGCUGUACAGACACUUACGGAGAUGCUAUCAAGGAUCUCCAUCAACUUCCUUGGCUUGAAAGAUUUGUCUCCGUCAUAAGUGACAAUUACUAUGAAGAUUAUAUGCAGUGAUGCCGAUAUAUACUAGGAAUAAGUUGACAUGAUAAGCAAGCAAUAUGCAACAAUGCUUUCUGGGGAAGUGUCUGAGUUUCUUGCUCAAUUCACUCCAUAAUUUUUCCUUCUACACAAGCUUGUAAAAUUUGACUCUCUUCCUCUUGAUCAUUUUAUGCUGGAAAAUUUGUGGCCUAGAUGACCCCUUGCAUAAGAUGAUAGAUGCUUUCUUCUAGACAGAAAAAAGAUAAAAAGAAACACUCUUAUGUUUAUUAAAUUUAAAACACAAAAUGAAUGAAAUCCUUUUCAUUUUCCUA